AUGGCCACGCCGCUAAGCAUGAUCAAACUACUUGUGCGGUUGUCUUUCAUAUUCUUUCUCGUGCCAUGCUUAUGUUGUCCUGCUUAUCAGAAACAAUCCCUUCUCCACUUCAAAUCCUCCUUGCUCAACAGCUACAACACCUCAAACUCAUCGUCCUUUGGCUUGGAGUCAUGGGACUCCAUUUCUGACUGUUGUAAGUGGACUAGAGUUGUUUGCAGUUCUCAUUCUCGUGAUAUAAUAGCUCUGCACCUUGACGAUCUCUGCAUGGAUGGUAGUAAAUCCUCCAUGAACGUACGAGUAUUGGACCCCAUUUAUGGCAUUAGAUCCUUAAGGUUUCUUAAUAUCUCCUACACUUGGGUACAAGGUGAAAUUUCUGGUGAAGGGUUGGCUAAUCUCACAAAACUAAUUCACCUCGACAUGAGUCAGAAUUUACUUAAUGGCUCAAUCCCAGCACAACUUUUCCAGUUGCGGUUUCUGCAGUCUCUUGAUUUGAGUGAUAACUCGUUAAAGGAUGGUUUAAGUAGAGAAAUUGGCAAGCUUGAAGAUUUAAGGUCUUUGAAGUUGGAUCGGAAUUCCAUUGAUGGAAAUAUCCCUGUCCAGAUAGGAAAUCUCACCAGAUUGCAACAAUUUUCUAUCAGCCACAACAAAUUUUUGGGUCGGAUACCAGAGUCAAUUCUUAAUUUGAAAGAAUUGGAAAAACUGGAUGCAAGUAAUAAUUAUUUGGAGAUGCAUAUUCCAAAUAGAAUCGGAACCUUGUUCCACAUUUCAAUUUUGGUAUUGGGUGUGAACCGUUUAACAGGAUCAAUCCCACUAUCAAUUCGGAACUUGAGCAAAUUGGAAACACUUCGGCUGGAAGAUAACAUGCUUUCAGGAGAAAUCCCCUCCUGGUUAUUUGACAUUGACAGUUUGAAGAAUUUGUAUCUUGGAGGAAACAAGUUCAUUUGGAAUAACCACGUCAAAAUAGUUCCCAAGUGUAUGCUUUCCCAACUCUCUCUCAAAUCAUGUAAAAUUUCUGCAGACAUUCCGGAAUGGAUUUCCACUCAAAAGAAUCUUAAUUUACUCGAACUUAGUGACAAUCAGCUCACAGGAAACUUCCCACUUUGGAUUGCAGAGAUGGAAAUUGAAUGUCUUCUAUUUUCACGGAACAGACUAACUGGGUCAAUACCCUUUCCCCUUUUUCAGUCUCAAGAUCUAUCCGUUUUGGAUCUUUCAAGAAACAAUUUUUCAGGGGAGUUGCCUCAAAAUAUCGGUCAUGCUCUAAAGCUGAAGGUACUUAUGCUUUCUGGCAACAAUUUUAUGGGGUCGAUCCCGAAAUCCAUUGUAGACAUCCCUUCACUAAUGGUACUAGACUUGUCAAGAAACAGACUCUCUGGCAACAUGUUCCCUGUUAUGGGUACUUAUCGCUCACCACGAUAUGUUGAUCUCUCCUCUAAUGAACUAUCUGGUGACAUGCCCACGUCAUUUGGCAGAGGAACUAGUAUUCUUGCACUAGGGAAAAAUAAGUUUUCUGGAUUUCCUAAGAACGUCACUCAUUUUGUAAACCUUGAAUAUCUUGAUCUACAUGACAACAAUAUUACAGAAAGUCGUCUCCAAAUUCUUGAUCUUUCAAGCAACAGUCUUGUUGGAAGAAUCCCUUCAGAGUUGGGAAACCUACCAAGAAUGAGUGGAUUCUCUUCAGGAUACACGAUAUACAAUAGUAUAGGUGAGAUACAGGUGAACUGGUUAGACGCCACAGUUACAUUAUUCACCAGCAUGUACACCUUUACAAUCGAGAUGAAUGAGUUAACAGUGAACUGGAAGAAUGCUAUGCAAGGUCUCUCAAGUCAUAACCGACAUAUUUAUACUUUACUAGACUUGUCGAACAAUAAGUUUUCAGGUGACGUUCCAGAUUCAUUAGGAAACCUCAAAGGACUGAAGCUACUCAACCUCUCCUACAAUAAACUUUCAGGAUAUAUACCACAAAGUUUUGGGGAUCUAGAAAGUAUAGAGACAUUGGACCUGUCUUACAACAAUAUCUCUGGUACAAUUCCACAAUCAUUUAGGAAGUUAGAUCAACUAUCCGUGUUAGAUGUGAGUAACAACAAGCUAAGUGGUAAAAUCCCGCGGGGUGGACAAAUGGACACGAUGAAUGAUCCUACUUAUUUUGCUAACAACAGUGGGUUAUGUGGGAUGCAAAUCAGGGUGAAAUGUUCAGGAGAUGAGCCAACACCAGAUGAUGUGCAAGAAGAGGAUGAUGAUGUUGAACAGAGCCAUGGUUCCUGUGGACCGGAGUGUGGAUCGGAUUCCCUCUUGGCUUCAUUUCAUCAGUAUCAACAGCCAUACUAUUUGGGUACUUUGUUUUGCCACCACCAAAAUACAACUCAAUUCACUAUAGGCACAGAUGAAACCACACUGUUGUUCACAAUCUUCCUAUACACUUUCAUGUAA